CAUUUUCCAGGCUGAUCAGUCAGGUUCACAUUUCCCUGAAAGAGACGAUGAUCGUCAUGACAACCACUGAAGAUAGUACCCAUGUGAGUCACACCCUGCCAAGAUCGAAGAUGGACAGUCUGCUAUCAAGCAGAAGUACAGAUAUCAAAACAGAACAACCUGAAGUCGAUGUAGAAUACACAGGUCAGGAUAAUAAAA